GUGGGACUUUGCGCCUUUCACGCGGCUUCUCUAUCUUAAAGACUGCGUUGGUUAGCGUUUGUUAGCGUUUGUUCCUCAUCCUUUUCUGGAAAAGUUAAAGUCGUGUACACGCCAAUCGGUGAUAUUGUGAAUAACAAGGAAAAAACGUACAACAACAAAGGAAAAACACGAUGUUUGGACCGGGUGCGGCACCAAUUGUAGUUCUCAGCCAGAACACGAAGCGCGACACUGGCAGAAAGGUGCAGAGAGAGAAUAUCCAGGCGGGCAAGGCAAUCGCCGAUGUUAUCAGGACAUGUCUAGGUCCACAAGCCAUGUUGAAGAUGUUGAUGGAUCCGAUGGGUGGCAUCGUAAUGACAAAUGAUGGAAACGCGAUUCUACGCGAGAUCACCGUGCAGCAUCCUGCAGGAAAGUCCAUGAUAGAAAUUGCUAGGACUCAGGAUGAAGAGGUAGGGGACGGUACCACUUCGGUCAUUGUUCUGUCGGGCGAGAUCUUGGCUACAGCUGAACCAUUCUUGGAGCAGAACAUGCACCCCACUGUCAUCAUAAGAGCAUACCGUCAGGCUUUGGAAGACAUGGUCACGAUUCUUAAUGAACAAGUCAGCAUCGAUUUAGAUUGCAGCGACAAAAGUAAACUGGUCCAAGUGAUAAACUCCUGUACAGGCACUAAAUUUAUCCGACGUUGGUCCGAAUUGGCCUGCCAAAUCGCCCUGGACGCUGUUCAUACGGUGAUGCUUGAGGAGAAUGGCAGGCGGGAGAUUGAUAUCAAACGUUAUGCCAAGGUGGAGAAGAUACCCGGUGGUACGAUAGAGGAUAGUACUGUUCUGAAGGGUGUGAUGAUCAACAAGGACGUGACACAUCCGAAAAUGCGACGUUACAUCAAAGAUCCAAGAAUAGUACUUUUGGAUUGUCCUUUGGAGUACAAAAAGGGCGAAUCUCAGACGAAUAUAGAGAUAAUGAAAGAUGUUGAUUUCACAAAGAUUUUGGAACUAGAGGAGGAACAUGUGAAGAAAAUCUGUGAGGAUGUCAUUUCAGUGAAGCCGGAUGUCGUGAUAACGGAAAAGGGUAUAUCAGAUCUCGCUCAGCAUUAUCUCGUGAAAGCGGGCAUAUCCGCGAUACGUAGGUUACGAAAGAGCGACAUUAACAGAAUUGCCCGUGCCUGCGGUGCUACCGUCGUCAAUCGUACCGAAGAACUGAAGGAAGAGGACGUUGGCACUGGAGCUGGCCUUUUCGAAAUCAAGAAACUCGGUGACGAUUAUUUCUGUUUUAUCACGGAAUGCAAGGAUCCUAAAGCUUGUACCAUUAUUCUGAGAGGUGCUAGUAAAGAUAUCUUGAAUGAGACUGAGAGAAAUUUGCAGGAUGCACUGCACGUUGCCAGAAAUCUUCUUAUCGAUCCAAAGCUUGUACCAGGUGGUGGAGCAGUGGAAAUGGCAGUGUCCCGGCUCUUGACGGAAAAGGCGGCAGGUCUCGCAGGUGUGGAACAAUGGCCGUAUAAAGCGAUCGCACAGGCUUUGGAGAUCAUUCCUAGGACGCUGGCGCAAAACUGCGGUGCAAAUACUAUCAGAACUCUAACGGCGUUGCGCGCUAAGCACGCGACAGAGGGAACUACUUGGGGCAUUGAUGGAGAAACGGGAAAAUUGGUCGAUAUGAAGGAACGCGGUAUAUGGGAACCAUUGUCCGUAAAAUUACAGACGUAUAAAACAGCAAUCGAGACAGCUAUCCUAUUAUUGAGAAUAGAUGAUAUCGUUUCCGGAAGUAAAAAGAAGAAAAAUGAGAACGAAAUGGGACAGCCGAGUCAAGUUACGGAAGAGUCUAUGAAAGAAUAAAUAUUUUCGAUAUCCAUAUUUAAGCCUAAUUGCUUUACACUUUCAAGAUUCAAUUAUUUUGCACUUUCGCGUGUUUGUCAAAUUUUUAUCCUAUGUAUGCUUUUUCAAAAAAAAAAGAAAAAAAAUAGAAUAAAAAGACAAGUGCGUCUCGAUUGUAAUAAAAAAAACCUUUUUAUUUACACUACCUCGCGCGCGCGCGCGCGCACACACACAUACAGACACAAACAGAAUGGUAAGCCAUCAUGUCCAAAUUUACAAUUAAAUAUUUUGAUCUUUA